CGGCUGGCGGGACGCGGGGCUGGCCGGGCACUGGCGGACGGCGGACGGCGCCCGGAGGGGCCGGAGCCUGGGAUCCCUGCGGCCGAGAGAGGCGCGCUCUGCCGGGCCAAGCCACAGCCAGGGGCGCGGGCUUGGCGCGGUCCGCGGCGCGCUGCGAAGAUGUCAUGGCACCCUCAGUACCGGAGUUCCAAGUUCCGCCAUGUGUACGGCAAGCCUGCUAGCAAGGAGAAGUGCUACGACUGCGUCCCCAUCACCUGCAGUGUGCAUGACAACCACUUCUGCGCUGUCAACCCCCGCUUCAUUGCUGUCGUGACCGAGUGUGCAGGGGGCGGGGCCUUCCUCGUGAUACCCAUCUGUCAGACAGGCAAGCUUGAUCCUCACUACCCCAGGGUGUGCGGGCACAAAGGAAAUGUCCUGGACAUCAAGUGGAGCCCUUUUGAUGACUUUGUAAUCGCUUCCUGUUCUGAAGAUGCCACUGUGAAAAUCUGGGAUAUCCCCAGACAUUUACUAACAAGGAACAUCACCAGUGCGAGGAAGGAGCUUCUGGGUCAUGCUCGAAGGGUGGGACUCAUUGAAUGGCAUCCUACGGCCAGCAACAUUCUCUUCAGUACUGGUUAUGAUUAUAAGAUAAUGAUCUGGAACCUCGACACAAAGGAGCCCGUAAUUCAAAAUCCGGUGAAGACAAUCAGCUGUCAUAAGGACGUGAUCCUCUCCAUGUCAUUCAACACAGACGGCAGCCUGUUAGCCACUGCCUGCCGGGACAGGAAGAUACGGCUCAUUGACCCGCGGUCAGGAGCAGUCCUACAGGAAGCCAGCUGCAAGUCUCACAGAGUGAAUAAAGUUUUGUUUCUAGGAAACAUGAAAAAGCUGCUCUCUACUGGAACAUCCCGCUGGAAUAGCAGGCAAAUUGCACUAUGGGAGCAGGGUGAUCUUUCUGUGCCUUUAGUUGAGGAGGAUCUGGAUGGCUCCUCCGGGCUGCUGUUCCCGUUCUAUGACUCUGACACUCGCAUGCUGUAUGUGGUGAGCAAGGGAGAUGGGAACAUACGAUACUAUGAGAUAAGCUCUGAGAAGCCGCAUCUGAACUACCUGAUGGAAUACCGCUCCCAUCUACCACAGAAAGGAAUCGGAAUCAUGCCAAAGAGGGGCCUUGACGUGUCGGCCUGCGAGAUCUUCCGGUUCUACAAACUGAUCCCAGGCAAAAGCCUGAUUGAGCCCGUCUCUAUGAUUGUGCCUCGCCGGUCGGAGUUGUACCAGGAAGACAUCUACCCACUGACAGCUGGAGCCCAGCCAGCACUCUCGGCGCAGGAAUGGCUGAAUGGAAUUAACAAAGGUCCUGUCCUGGUAUCUUUGAAACCAGGCUCUGAAAUCCUGAAUUCCUUGCCACAAUUUCCUAAGAAAGAACCAUCACUGCGGUCCACAGAAUCAAACUGGUACCAGGACAGGACAGAAAGAAUGGCAAUGAAGGAAAUUCAGAAGCAAAGUGGGAUCCAAGAAAAGAGAGGCCAGAAAAAAGUGGAAGAAAGAUUGCAGGAAGACAGACAAAUGCGGCUUUCAAAUGGCUUCGACUUAUUCGAGUGUCCUCCACCCAAAACCGAGAACGAGCUGCUGCAGAUGUUUUACCGCCAGCAGGAAGAAAUCCGGAGACUGCGAGAGCUGGUUAGCCAGAGGGACAUCCAAAUCAAACAGCUAGAACUGGAGAUUAAAAACAUCCGCAUGGACUCGGGCAGGUACUGAGGCGGCAGGCCCACUCUGCAGCCAUGGCAUGCUCUGUGCCUGCAGCAGACACCGCCCUGCCUCACGAGAACGACUCGUUUAUGUUUUGCAUUGGGAAAAAGGAGGUGAAUGCAGUGCAGACUUCCUCUGGCUCCGGUAGGACGGCAGGCGGGUGGCUGCGUGCUGCAUGUGGAUCUGCUUGGCUGCUCUACAGUUCUCUCACGGCAGGUGUUCCCAGGUUAAAGGUGCUUCUAGAGCUGCAGCCAAGUCCGAGGAGACUGAGGCUGGAGCCGUGCAGGAAAGGCUCUGGUCUGCGGCCUCCCUGUGACUCCCCUGCGCACCGCAAGGGCGCUGGAGCAGGGCUACAGCCUCCUUGUGACUCCCCUGCAUCCUGCAGGCCGGCGGCUUUACGCAUGGGGCCUGCCGUCAGCCUGUGCUUGGACUGCAGCUGCAGUGGCCUUGCCCUCCAUGGCAGGUGGGGACGGCUGCCAGUGCCAGACAAGUGCUGUAUGGAGUGGAGCCCUCAGCCGUAGCCCCUAUCUCAGAGGAACCAUCACGACACCCAGAGGGGAACUGGCCCCUGCUGCUGCUCUUCCCCUGGCCCCCACAAAAAGAGUGUUUAGUGGGGAGGGUCAUGAGAGCAAUGAACUCCUGCUGCAGGCUGGACACUGCCUCCCCUUGUUCUGGUGCAGCAGAAAGCCCCCAGGGCAGGCUGGAUAGCAGCCCCUGUCCCCUACAGGGGCUAAUCCAGCCCAGGGGCACCGGAACGGGGGGGCCAGAGGCCAUGGCUCCCAUCACUUUUAAAAGUGGGAGGGCAUAGCCGCUUUUUUCCUGUCUUAAGGGCGGUGGAGAAGAGCAAGCGGCUGGCAGGGCCUUGCGGGGGAAGAGGUGGAGUGAGG